AUGUCCAACAGGUCGAGAGUUUAUAGCAACCCUCACGGUGAACCAGAGGGUGACUCAUUUAAGAUCACUGAUGAGGAGGAGUUGCAGGAUCUAAAGAUCAUGGCCAAGAAAGCAUUUUCUGUACUCAAGCCGUAUAAUCUUGAUGAGUUUGGCUUUAAAGACAUUAACGGCGAUGUACAUACCAACAGCAAAACACUCUUGACAAGUCUUCCAACAACAAAAGACGACAUACUCACGCUCUACUUGCACAUUCCCAGAGUUGAUGACCAAGCUACUCCAAAGAGGUACUUUGAAGAAGAGUUAGUCGCUGAGUAUGAUGAUCGACUAAAGAAAGUCAAGUUUGAUCAUUCUAUUGUCACCUUGCCCGCAUCGCCAUCCUCCCUCCACACUGAUCGCACUCGGUUUGAUUUCCAGGACAAACUGGUCAAGGUGGUCAAAAGGGCGAUAACAGAUAGACUCAUGACCUUCAUCACCAAUAAUCAUGGCAUUAACCGUGGAGUCUAUGUGCAGGGUCCUCAAGGUGUGGGCAAGUCACACUCAAUCUUCCAGAUCGCCUCGGCUCUCAAGCAGGACACUACUAACAGAGUGUUGUACAUCAGUGACUGUGGAGGCUGGGUUGGAGCCUCAAAUCCCUUUCAAUUCUUUAUGGAGUGUCUGGACAAUGCAUUUAUGUACGCUGGUGACAAAUUUGUUCAAGACCACCCCAGUCGCCACAAAUAUGACGAUGACAGCUUCCUUCGCCUCAUGGAUGAUGUGGCCCGCCACUGCUCAAAGAAUGAUCUGCAAGCAUAUUUCUUCUUUGACCAACACAAUGGCUUGUCAGACCAAGACCGCAUGAAAAAACCCUUCUCUAUUGCCGAGGUAUAUUUGGUCCGCAGUAUUUUGUGGAUCAAACAGUUGGUCAUCGUCUCGGGCUCGGCCAACAACAGAUACUACCUAAAGGUUGCAAAGGAUGCAAAUUGGCCAGUAUUUCAGUACAACGAGGGCUACACCGACGAUGAGUUCAAACAGUGGCAGAGCAUCGAGACCACCAAGAAGUUCGCCACUCUGAGCCCUGACGACAUUGAGUUGAUCAAGGUCCUUACCAACUUCAUCCCAAUGGAGCUCACCCAUAUUUCCAAGGUUUGGAGAGACAACAACUCACUCACUCUGGCUGAUGUGGUCAAGUCGUACAAAGAUAUACGCUCUCCACAAAUUAAUGAACAGGACCAACACUUCUACGAUGAAUUCAUCACUAACGCACCCAUAGCGGCGGAUUACAACCGCGCAAUAUCCUUGGUCUUUCUUGGUAUUCCCUCCACAGGUCUUUCAACAAAGCUCAACCAACAGCUCAUGUAUAGAGACUCUGACGCGCGCAUUGUCCCCAUCUUUCCACUAAUUCAACAAAUACUUUCGAAUCGCUAUCUCAAUACUCAGACUUACAUUGAACAUUCAUUGGAAAUAUACCGCUCAAUCUUUACAAGAUCAAUCAACAUGACGAGCGAUGUAUUGGGGCGAUGUGUCGAGAAGUACCUGGUCGAAACGCUUCAGAGGGAGAAUAAUACAACACUGACCUGGAACAUCUCUCAGAUUAAUUGCACAAGUAGAGAUGAUCCAACGAACAGAGGCAAGCUCAUUAUCAGCGCCAGUCGUACCGAUAUUAUAUUCAAGGCACAACCAGUCAAGACUCAAUUCAUUUAUGAUACUCGCUUCAAUGGCGUCGACUGGACAAUCGAUUCCUUGCUGGUGCCAACAUCUCCAAGCUUCCCAAUUGUAGAUUGGUUCUUCUGGAACUCAAAGAACAAGCUGCUCACUGCAUGCCAAGUCACCGUCGGAAAGUCUCACUCGAACAAGUGGCAGGGAUCCACACUUCAGACGAAGGCCAAGGCAGCGUCGAAAUACCUUCAAGAUCAGUUCAUGUGGUUCGCCACCAAAGAUUUAGAUUAUAAAGACAUGAGCUUCAACAACCAGCUGAUUGUCUUCCUCGACAACACCAGUGUCCAUAAUUCUUUUCCGCUUCUGGCUCAACUGAAAGUUGACUAG